GUAAAACCGGGGAACACGGAAGGGAAGCCGAAAUGAAGGAGCUGACGAGAUUGAUAAGUUGCUUGGCGGUUCUCGGAGUGGCAAGGAAUAUCGACGAACGAUGCAAAAUCGACGAGCUGUCGAGGAUAACGUGUCGAUGCGUCGGCAAAGAGGAAUUUGUUCUGCCCGAUGGAUACAACUACGAAAACGUGACGAGUCUGCGAAUCGCAUCCUGCGCCUCCGCGAAUCUGCAUUUCUCCAGUUUGACGGAAGCCGACCGAAUCACCGAGAUAAUCGUACAGAAUAUCAGCGACCGUUUGAUUUUCGAACUGUUCCUCGCAUCGAAGAGGAUCGAGCGGUUGAGGUUGUCGAAAAUUCGCCGGAUACCGUUGAUCUCGCGCGACACGUUUCUCAGCGUCGGUCGCAUCGAGUCUCUGAGGAUCGAGGAUGCGCGGAUCGAUCGUUUCGAAGAGCAGUUCACGGACAUCGCGAUUAGGGAGUUCUCGAUGAUCAACGUUACGGUGGAGCAGGCGGAUGGCUGGAAUUUUUCGGAGAAGGGCGGAGGAACGCUACGGAUAGAGAACAGCGAAUUUCAAAAGAUCGCAGGAUCCCUGAAUCUCGGUUACUUCUCGAACGUGGAGAUUCUCCGGUCGAAAUUUCACUUGCAGAAGCCGGGCCACCUGUUGCUGGAAGGAGACCUGGUUCUCGUCGAGGAGUGCGUCUUCUCGAACGCGAGCGUGAACCUCGUCGCCGCGAGCAAGGUCGCGAUAAACGGUACGUGCGCGGACGGCAAGAGUUCCAUGAGACUCUCCGCUGACGUGCUCGAGAGCGCCAACAAUCGGCUGCCCACCGAAAUCGUUUAUACGAAGAAGAAACGAGCCGCGGAACGAUUCUCCAUUCGAAACAACACGGUGUGUAUCGCGGGCAACUGCAAAUGCCCGAAAACCAGUGGUCAAGGUACGCGUACCGCGACAAUCUUUUCAUACUUGCCACUUCAAUGUUCCCUACCGUACUUUCUACUUUUAACGUCGAUGAUUUUCUAAACGCGAAUCUAUACGAGAGACCAAACGGACCAGUCGUCGUCGUCGUUCCUCCUUUUCUUCGUUUAUUUAUAGAAUUCUCAUGUAAUCUUCGAAUCGGGAAUAAAUAUAUGA